AUGGAGAAUACCACAGGCAAUGGACAGAACGGAACAGGAUUCUUGCCAAAGCAGGAGGUGGCCACCAUUGAAUACCAAGUGGUCACCAUCUUUUUGGUCCUCCUCAUCUGCGGGUUAGGCAUCAUGGGCAACUUUAUGGUGGUGCUGGUGGUACUCAGGACGAAGCACAUGAGGACCCCUACAAAUUGUUAUCUGGUGAGCCUUGCAGUGGCAGACCUCAUGGUGCUUGUGGCUGCCGGGCUUCCCAACAUCACAGAGAGCAUCUAUGGGUCCUGGGUCUAUGGCUACGUUGGAUGCCUCUGCAUUACUUACCUCCAAUAUCUCGGCAUCAAUGCUUCUUCUUGCUCUAUAACUGCCUUCACCAUUGAGAGGUACAUAGCUAUUUGCCACCCUAUCAAAGCCCAGUUUCUAUGCACUUUCUCAAGAGCCAAAAAGAUCAUUAUUUUUGCCUGGGCUUUCACGUCCAUCUACUGCAUGCUCUGGUUUUUCUUGUUAGAUCUCAACAAAGUAGUCUACAAAGAUGCUACUGUAGUGUCCUGUGGGUACAAAGUGCCCAGGAGCUACUAUUCUCCAAUCUAUUUGAUGGACUUUGGGAUAUUCUAUGUCAUGCCAAUGAUCUUAGCAACUGUUCUCUAUGGGUUGAUUGCCCGGAUAUUAUUCUUAAAUCCCAUCUCAGCUGGCCCCAAAGACCCAAAAGAAAACUCAAAGAUGUGGAAGAAUGAUUUGGCUGCCCUGGACAAGAGCAAAGCAACCAACAAGGGUAUCAAUAGCGCUGUGGCUUCUAGAAGGCAGGUUACCAAGAUGCUGGCUGUGGUUGUGAUCCUCUUUGCAUUUUUGUGGAUGCCCUAUAGGACCCUGGUGGUCAUCAACUCUUUCCUGUCUCAUCCUUUCCAAGAAAAUUGGUUCCUGCUGUUUUGCCGGAUCUGCAUCUACCUAAAUAGCGCCAUCAACCCUGUGAUUUACAACCUGAUGUCCCAGAAAUUCAGAGCAGCCUUCAGGAAACUCUGCAAAUGCCAGCAGAAACAGUUGGAGAAGCCCAGCAAUUACAGUGUGGCCCUCAACUACAGUGUCAUCAAGGAGUGUGAUCAUUUCAGCACCGAGCUAGAAGACAUCACCGUCACUGAUGCUUAUCUUUCAUCUGUGAAAGUAUCUUUUGAUGAUACCUGUGUGUCCUCUGAGGUGCUGUGAAGCUGGAGGAAUCUGCAUCUCUUCUGGCUUUGUUUCCCUUACUUUAUUUCAUCUCGCAGUAAAAAAACAACCCAGUUCUGAACCAGUCUGGAUGUUUUGUAAUUAUAUUUGAUGUUACAAAGGUUGAUUCUGUUCACACCACAUGGAAGCUACUCCAUUUCAAUAAGACUGCUUGCUUUAUGGAAACUAAGAGGCAAAAGGCAGAAGUAUAUGCAUUACUACUCAUUGAUUUUUAAAUCUAAAUCAUGUGCUAUAAAGAGAGAGCUGGCCAAUCAUUUCUUUAGAUUGUAGCCCUAAUGUCACAUUCUCAGGGUGGUAUUUUACAUUAUGGGAAGAAAUGACAAGGGGAUA